AUGGGGAUCCAUCUCAUUUUCAUAUGUGUGUUUUUGUUUGCAGCCACAUAUACUUGUUUGGGGGUUGGAAAUGUUAGUGUCCUUUGCUCUGAGCAAGAGAGAGUUGCUCUUCUCAACUUCAAACACAGUAUCCAAGAUCCUUUUGAAAUGUUGUCAUCAUGGGUUGGGAAUGAAUGUUGCCUGUGGGAAGGAAUCCAGUGUGACGGUGUCACUGGAAAUGUUCAACGCCUUCAUCUCAAAGGAGAUUCGCCCUACCCCUACAAUUACUUAGCUGGUAACAAGGUGAGUUCUUCUUUGGCAGAGUUGAGGCAUCUCAAAUACCUCGACUUGAGUGGGAAUGAUUUCCAAGGAAGUCAGAUCCCUGAGUUUAUUGGAUCCUUGAAAUACCUGAGUUACCUGAAUCUCUCUUAUGCUCGUUUUGGUGGUAUCAUUCCUCCUCACAUUGGAAAUCUUUCUAAUUUAAAGGUUCUUGAUCUCAGUUCAAACUAUUAUGAAAACUUUCUGAAGGCAGAUGAUAUGGCGUGGGCUUUUAGCCUUUCGUCACUCGAGCUUCUCAACUUGAGUUAUGUGGAUCUUAGUGGAGCACAAAACUGGGACAUGAUGCUUCACAUGAUUCCCUCCUUAAAAGAGUUAAGUUUGUCACAAUGUAGACUUUCCAAUGUUAAUCUUGGUCCUUUUCUUAAUUCCAGUAGAAUACUUCCUAAUAUAAAACACCUCGAUCUUGGCUACAAUUCUUUCAAAGGUCCACUCCCUGGCCUUCUUCAAAACAUGACAUCUCUAACAUUCCUCAGUCUUUCCGGAUUUAAUCUUAGUUUGGCAUGGAACUUUCCAAACCUACUAAGCAUGAUCCCUUCUUUGUCAGAGCUUCAUAUGUCAGCUUGUGGGCUGGAUAAGACGCAUCUAUCUUCUCCGCAUUUUAAUUACGGUACACUUUCUAACAUCCAGCACCUCGAUCUUAGCAAUAAUCCACUUGGAGGUAUAUUUCCAUCUGUAUUGACAAACAUGAGCUCCUUAGAAGUCCUUGACCUUUCAGAUACCAUGCUGAAUUCAUCGAUUCCUACUAUGCCUAAACUUCUAGAGCUUCAUCUUUCUUCUAACAAGUUUAAGCAGAUUGAGGAUGUUGGAAUCUGGAGACAGUGCCACCUGAAACAAUUAAGUGUAACAGAUAAUGAGUUUGGUAUGGAAAUGAUUGACCCACCAAAAAAUGCAUCAGAGUGCUCCAUAUAUGCUUUGGAGUUUCUGGAAUUAAGUCGGAGUUUAAAUGGUAGAAUUCCAGAAACACUUGGAAGACUGGUGAAUUUAAGACACCUUGAUCUAUCGCAGAAUGGACUGACUGGUUCAAUCCCUGAAUCUGUAACAGGAUUAAGAUUUUUACAAGUAGUAUAUCUAUAUGAAAACCAGUUGACUGGUCCCAUUCCAGAAUUCCUUGGGAACCUUACCCAACUUGUCCUUUUUUCCAACAAAUUGAAUGGUUCAAUUCCAGUUUCAAUUGGGCAACUUGCCAAACUCCGUCAUCUCUAUAUCUCUAACAAUUCUUUAGAAGGAGCGGUUACCGAAGCCCAUUUUUCUAAUCUUUCAGUGUUGAAGGUCUUGGAAAUGAGUAAGCUGACAUUCAAUGUUUCACGUGGGUGGAUACCUCCAUUCCAGUUGAUAUAUCUUUCUCUCAGCUCUUGCAAUAUCGGGAAUGGAUUUCCGCAGUGGCUUCGACAUCAGAGGAAACUUGGGAUGUUAGAGUUGUCCAAUGCUACACUUUCGGGGCCGCUGCCCACAUGGCUGCGGAAGAUGCCCAUCAUUCCUACUUUAGAUCUCUCUCACAACAAACUCAGCGGAUCUUUGAAAAACCUUCCUAAUGCGAAAAAUGAUGAUGUAUAUGGGUCUUUUGCUCUAUUACUUCUGGAAUAUAACCUUUUCAAUGGGUCAAUUCCAAGGUCAUUAUGCAGAAGAACAGAUUUGGAAGGGCUUGAUCUUUCAAGAAACAUGUUAAGUGGGAAAAUUCCCAACUGUAUGGGGAAUCUGCAGCGUUUGACUAUCAUGAGUAUAAGCUCAAAUCAGCUCUCUGGUGCCAUUCCUAGCUCAAUUGCUCUUAUUUCAUCAUUAUUUUGGUUAAAUUUGAACAAAAAUAACUUUACUGGUGAAGUUCCUCCAGAAUUAGGGAAUCUACAAGGUUUGGGAGUCUUAGAUUUGGGUGACAAUAAAUUAUAUGGAAAUAUACCCAAUUGGAUAGGGAAACAACUUACAUCUUUGGUAGUUUUGAGUUUACACAAAAACAACUUCACUGGUAGAAUUCCUCCAUCUCUUUGCAAAAGUUCAAAUCUUCAAAUUUUGGAUCUUGCAUACAACAACUUAACCGGAACCAUCCCUCCGUGUGUAGGAAACUUAAAUGGCAUGGUUGUGGGUCACUCGAUGAAUAUGUAUUAUUCAGAUAUCGAUGAUGAUAAGAAUGUGAUUCAGGUCAUGAAAGGUGUUGAUCUUGAAUAUACAACAACUUGGAGAAUGGUUUAUAACAUGGACCUUUCAAGCAAUAAACUUGUGGGAGAAAUACCGGUCGAGCUAACUGCACUUAACAUGUUGGUGGGUCUGAAUCUGUCUAAUAAUCAUCUGAGAGGGGGUAUUCCAGAGAGCAUUGGAAAGAUGAUGAAUUUGGAAACUCUUGAUUUCUCAAAAAACGAGUUGAGCGGGAGGAUCCCUUCAAGCAUGGCGGCUUUGACUUUUUUGAGCCAUUUGAAUUUGUCACACAACAACUUGUCGGGUCAAAUUCCAACAGGAAAUCAACUGCAGACGCUUAUUGAUGAUCCAUCAAUAUAUGCUGGGAACAAACAUCUAUGUGGACCUCCAUUGCAAAACACUUGCUCAAAUCAUCAAGAUUCAACAACAACAACAAGCAAGAAGAAACACAAAGCAGCUGAUGAGAAGAUGGAGGUAUGGUUGUUUUAUGUGGAUAUAAUGAGUGGUUUUGGAACAGGGUUUUGGGGUGUUAUUGGAGUUCUGAUGUUCAAGAAGCAGUGGAGACACAAACUUUUCAUGUUUGCUGAGGAAACCAUUGAUAAGAUAUACGUUGCAGUUGUGGUAAGAGUUGCCAAGUUCAAGAGAGGAAGAGAAUAG